AUGCAAUUGGUUGAGCACGCAGCUAAAACUCCAAUUCUGCAUAUUGCAAAAAUUAUUUUUUCUGCAAAUCCCUCGCGUUGUAUUUGUCGGGAAACUAGUCCAGCCAAGUCAAAGCCGCCCAAAAGGAGAAGAAAUGAAUUAGGAGGUCUUGGUAGUGUUGGCAGUUCAAUCGGUUCAAAUGACGAGGUUCGCUCUGUUUUUGGAAUUGCUAAACGAAAUCCUAUUCGUGAUGUGGAUAUUUCUAAACAAACUCACAAUUUUUCGGAAGAACAAAGGAAUAAUUCUGAUGAAUGGACUCAAAAUUCUGCGCCGAACAGUCGAAAGUCUUCAAUACGGACAACAAUAAAGCAACCACAUCAACGAAAAAGUUUAAUUGUUUCCAGAACUCCCUCUGGAAAAUUUCAAUGUGAUAGAACGCCCUUAUCGCCUUCUAAUGAAGUUUUGCAAGAUUUUUUGGUUUCAAAAGGCAUACAGAAGCGAAAUAAGGAUUCAACAACAACAAAUGAAGACUUCCUUCAAAAUGACAAUUAUGAUUGUUUGGCUGAAUUAGAACAAGCACUACCAAUUUCAUAUCAAGACUGCCCUUCAUCUCCAUUUAGAAAUAUAGAUGAAAGAUUUCUGUCAACUUCAACAGCCUCAUUACUUUGUGGAUCACCCUCGUGGAAUGGGGGGUCGUCCGAAGCUUCAAUUAACGGUGCAAUUGAAUUUUCACCUCUUUCAACGAGAGCUGCCAAAAAACAACGUAAUUGGGGAAAAGGUGGAGAUACAAUUAAUAAUGAUGGUGUAGUGGGUGGAAAAAGUCCAAGAAAACGAUAUAUAGAAACUGGUAAUACACAAAUGGAUGGCGAGGUGCAUAGACCCACAGCUUCUGCUGAUGAGCCGACAUAUUGUCUUUGCGAACAAGUUUCAUUUGGUGACAUGAUUUGUUGUGAUUAUGAGCUCUGUUCUGUCGAAUGGUUCCACUUUUCAUGUGUCAAUCUCAAAAGUAAGCCAAAACAAGGAAAAAGAUGGUUUUGUCCCUUAUGUAGACACAAUGAUAAACCAGGUAGUCUUAAACCAGAAUUACAGCAAAAAUUGGAUCAAAUACAUAAAUUACAGAGACAAUGAAAUAUUUU